UGCUCCCGUCUGCAAGUCUCGGAGCCGCGGUGAGCCGGCUGAGCCCAGGCGCCCGACCCCUCACCGCGGCGGCGCUCGCGCGGGGAGAGCCACUCCGGGCUCGCUUUGUGGCCGCUGUCCCCUGUCGCGGAGAGCGCCUCCGGCCGGAGCGCAGAAAGAGGGGGCGCGCUCCUAAGACCCCCGCCGCCCUCCCCCAGCCCGGGGGAAGAAUGUGUCACCAGCUGUUCUCCGCGCGCGAGCGCUGCGCCCAGAAGUAAGAAACUUGGAGGCAGGGAGACAAAGGCUGCCGUUGGACGGAUGAGUUAGAGACUUGGGUUUGGGCAAACAAAAGGUGCGAAAGACGAGAAGGGGUUAAGGCGAUGGCAGCGGGGGAGCCCCGCGGGCUCGGGUUCCUGGGAGUCGCGCCGUGACACGCAUGGUUUCCCCGGACCGUCUGCUGGGCUGACUUCCGCGAGCCGGACGCGGGACUCGGGCAAGUUGGGGAGCGCCCUGGAACAAUGGACAACUUCUUCCCCGAGGGAACACGGGUCUGGCUGAGAGAAAAUGGCCAGCAUUUUCCAAGUACUGUCAAUUCCUGUGCAGAGGGCGUCGUGGUCUUCCGGACAGACUAUGGUCAGGUGUUCACCUACAAGCAGAGCACAAUUACACACCAGAAGGUCACUGCUAUGCACCCCAUGAAUGAAGAGGGCGUGGAUGACAUGGCCACUUUGACGGAGCUCCACGGGGGGUCCAUCAUGCACAACUUAUACCAGCGAUAUAAGAGAAAUCAAAUAUAUACCUACAUCGGCUCCAUCAUUGCCUCCGUGAACCCCUACAGGACCAUCGCCGGGCUGUAUGAGCGGGCCACCAUGGAACGCUACAGCGAGUGCCACCUGGGCGAGCUCCCCCCCCACGUCUUCGCCAUCGCCAACGAGUGCUACCGAUGCCUGUGGAAACGCCACGAUGACCAGUGUGUCCUCAUCAGCGGUGAAAGUGGGGCAGGUAAAACCGAAAGCACCAAAUUGAUCCUCAAGUUUUUAUCAGUCAUCAGUCAGCAGUCUUUGGAAUUGUCCUUGAAGGAGAAGACAUCCUGUGUUGAACAAGCUAUUCUUGAAAGCAGCCCCAUCAUGGAAGCUUUCGGCAAUGCCAAGACCGUGUACAACAACAACUCCAGUCGCUUCGGGAAGUUCGUUCAGCUGCACAUCUGCCAGAAGGGAAAUAUUCAGGGCGGGAGAAUUGUAGAUUAUUUAUUAGAAAAAAACCGAGUAGUAAGGCAAAACCCCGGGGAAAGGAAUUAUCACAUAUUCUAUGCACUGCUGGCAGGGCUACAACACGAACAGAGAGAAGAAUUUUAUUUAUCUGUGCCAGAAAACUAUCACUAUUUGAGUCAGUCUGGAUGUAUAGAAGACAAGACAAUCAGUGACCAGGAAUCCUUUAGGGAAGUGAUUACGGCGAUGGAAGUGAUGCAGUUCAGCAAAGAAGAAGUUUGGGAGGUUUUGAGGUUGCUUGCUGGUGUGUUACAUCUUGGGAACAUAGAAUUUAUCACUGCUGGUGGGGCCCAAGUGUCCUUCAAAACGGCCUUGGGCAGGUCUGCCGAGCUACUUGGGCUGGACUCCGCACAGCUCACGGAUGCUCUGACGCAGAGAUCCAUGUUCCUCAGGGGGGAAGAGAUCCUCACACCUCUCACUGUUCAACAGGCCGAAGACAGCAGAGACUCCUUGGCCAUGGCACUUUACGCACGCUGCUUCGAGUGGGUGAUUAAGAAGAUUAACAGCAGGAUCAAAGGCAAAGAUGACUUUAAAUCCAUUGGCAUUCUUGACAUCUUUGGAUUCGAAAACUUUGAGGUUAAUCACUUCGAGCAGUUCAAUAUAAACUAUGCAAAUGAGAAACUUCAGGAAUAUUUCAACAAACAUAUUUUUUCUCUGGAACAACUAGAAUAUAGCAGGGAGGGAUUGGUGUGGGAAGACAUUGACUGGAUAGACAAUGGUGAAUGCUUGGACCUGAUUGAGAAGAAACUUGGUCUCCUCGCCCUUAUCAAUGAAGAAAGCCAUUUUCCUCAAGCCACAGACAGCACCUUACUGGAGAAGUUACACAGUCAACACGCUAAUAACCACUUUUACGUGAAGCCCAGAGUUGCAGUCAACAAUUUUGGAGUGAAACACUACGCUGGAGAGGUGCAGUAUGAUGUCCGGGGCAUCUUGGAGAAGAACAGAGAUACCUUUAGAGAUGAUCUUCUCAACUUGCUAAGAGAAAGCCGAUUCGACUUCAUCUAUGACCUGUUUGAACACGUUUCAAGCCGCAAUAACCAGGAUACCUUGAAAUGUGGAAGCAAACAUCGACGGCCCACAGUCAGCUCACAGUUCAAGGACUCACUGCAUUCCUUAAUGGCAACGCUAAGCUCCUCUAAUCCUUUCUUUGUUCGCUGUAUCAAGCCAAACACGCAGAAGAUGCCAGACCAGUUUGACCAGGCGGUUGUGCUAAACCAGCUGCGAUACUCGGGGAUGCUGGAGACGGUGAGGAUCCGGAAGGCGGGGUAUGCAGUCCGGAGACCCUUUCAGGAUUUCUACAAAAGGUAUAAAGUGCUGAUGCGGAACGCGGCUGUGCCCGAGGACAUCCGGGGGAAGUGCACGGCCCUGCUGCAGCUCUACGACUCCUCCAACAGUCAGUGGCAGCUGGGCAAGACCAAGGUCUUCCUUCGAGAAUCCCUGGAGCAGAAACUGGAGAAGCAACGGGAGGAGGAAGUUACGAGGGCGGCCAUGGUGAUCCGGGCCCACGUCUUGGGCUACUUGGCACGAAAGCAAUACAGAAAGGUCCUGUAUUGCAUAGUGAUCAUACAGAAGAAUUACAGAGCAUUCCUUCUGAGGAGGAGAUUUUUGCACCUGAAGAAAGCAGCCAUAGUUUUCCAGAAGCGACUCCGAGGUCAGAUUGCUCGGCGAAUUUACAGACGCCUGCUGGCGGAGAAACGGGAGGAGGAAGAGAAGAGGAAGCGGGAGGAAGAGGAGAGAGAAAGAGAGAGGGCACGAAGAGAAGCUGAGCUCCUCGCCCAACAGAGAAGGAGCAAUGCCUGUCCUGGCUGGCGUGACCCUUGCUGCCCUCCUCCUUCCCCUUCUGCCCAGGAGGAAGCCGCCCGGAAGCCGCAGGAGCCGGAAGCCUUGCACAAGAGUCCGAGGGAAGCGGGACUGCACUGUGACCUGGAGAAGCAGAAGGAAAACAAGCAGGUGGAGGAGAUCCUGCGUCUGGAGAAAGAGAUCGAGGACCUGCAGCGCAUGAAGGAGCGGCGGGAGCUGUCCCUGACCGAGGCGUCGCUGCAGAAGCUGCAGCAGCUGCGGGACGAGGAGCUCAGGAGGCUGGAGGACGAAGCGUGCCGAGCGGCGCAGGAGUUCCUCGAGUCGCUCAACUUCGACGAGAUCGACGAGUGCGUCCGCAACAUCGAGCGCUCCCUGUCGGUGGGCGGCGAGUGCCCGGCCGAGCUCGGGGGGCCGGCGGAGGGCGCGGGCGCCGAGAAGCCCAGCUUCAACUUCAGCCAGCCCUACCCGGAGGAGGAGGUGGACGAGGGCUUCGAGGCCGACGACGACGCCUUCAAGGAUUCGCCCAACCCCAGCGAGCACGGCCACUCGGACCAGCGAACUAGCGGCAUCCGCACGAGCGACGAGUCGUCGGAGGAGGACCCCUACAUGAACGACACGGUGGUGCCCGCGGGCCCCAGCGCCGACAGCACGGUGCUCCUCGCCCCGUCGGAGCACGGCUCGUCCCGCGGGGAGCCCGCCUACUGCGUGCCCCCGGGCGGCGGCGGCGGCGGCGGCCUCCCGCCCCCGGACGGCGACUACGACUACGACCGGGACGACGAUGAGGACGGCGCCCUCGCCUCGGGCAGCAGCGUGACCUUCUCCAACUCGUACGGCAGCCAGUGGUCCCCGGACUACCGCUGCUCCGUGGGGACCUACAACAGCUCCGGGGCGUACCGCUUCAGCUCGGAGGGGGCGCAGUCCUCGUUUGAAGACAGCGAAGAGGACUUUGAUUCUAGGUUUGAUACAGACGAUGAACUUUCUUACCGGAGGGAUUCGGUGUAUAGCUGUGUCACCCUGCCUUACUUCCACAGCUUUCUAUACAUGAAAGGUGGUUUAAUGAACUCCUGGAAACGCCGCUGGUGCGUCCUCAAGGAUGAAACCUUCCUGUGGUUCCGCUCCAAGCAGGAGGCCCUCAAGCAAGGCUGGCUCCACAAAAAAGGUGGGGGCUCCUCCACGCUGUCCAGGAGGAACUGGAAGAAGCGCUGGUUUGUCCUCCGCCAGUCCAAGCUGAUGUACUUUGAAAAUGACAGCGAGGAGAAGCUCAAAGGCACCUUGGAGGUCCGGACGGCCAAAGAGAUCAUAGAUAACACCAGCAAAGAGAACGGGAUUGACAUCAUCAUGGCCGAUAGGACCUUCCACCUGAUCGCCGAGUCCCCAGAAGAUGCCAGCCAGUGGUUCAGCGUGCUGAGUCAGGUCCACGCGUCCACCGACCAGGAGAUCCGGGAGAUGCACGACGAGCAGGCGAACCCACAAAAUGCCGUGGGCACUCUGGAUGUGGGGCUGAUUGAUUCCGUGUGUGCCUCCGAUAGCCCCGAUAGACCCAAUUCGUUUGUGAUCAUCACGGCCAACCGGGUCCUCCACUGUAACGCGGAUACGCCGGAGGAGAUGCAUCACUGGAUAACGCUGCUGCAGAGAUCCAAGGGCGACACCAGAGUGGAGGGCCAGGAAUUUAUUGUGAGAGGGUGGUUGCACAAAGAAGUGAAAAACAGUCCAAAAAUGUCUUCACUGAAACUAAAAAAGCGGUGGUUUGUGCUCACCCACAAUUCCUUGGAUUACUAUAAGAGCUCCGAGAAGAAUGCUCUGAAAUUGGGCACGUUGGUCCUCAAUAGCCUCUGCUCGGUGGUGCCUCCGGACGAGAAGAUCUUCAAAGAGACAGGCUACUGGAACGUCACCGUGUACGGUCGCAAGCACUGCUACCGGCUCUAUACCAAGCUGCUCAACGAGGCCACCAGGUGGUCCAGCGCCAUCCAGAAUGUGACGGACACCAAGGCCCCGAUCGACACCCCCACCCAGCAACUGAUUCAGGACAUCAAGGAGAACUGCCUGAACUCCGAUGUGGUGGAGCAGAUUUACAAGCGGAACCCCAUCCUCCGCCACACGCACCACCCCCUGCACUCCCCGCUGCUGCCCCUGCCCUACGGAGACAUAAACCUGAACUUGCUCAAAGACAAAGGCUACACCACCCUUCAGGAUGAAGCCAUCAAGAUCUUCAAUUCCCUCCAGCAGCUGGAAGCCAUGUCUGACCCCAUCCCCAUAAUCCAGGGCAUCCUGCAGACGGGGCACGACCUCCGCCCUCUGCGGGACGAGCUGUUCUGCCAGCUCAUCAAGCAGACCAACAAAGUGCCCCAUCCGGGCAGCGUGGGCAACCUCUGCAGCUGGCAGAUCCUGACGUGUCUGAGCUGCACCUUCUUGCCGAGCCGGGGGAUCCUGAAGUACCUCCGCUUCCAUCUGAGAAGGAUACGGGAACAGUUUCCAGGAACCGAGAUGGAAAAAUACUCCCUCUUCAUUUAUGAAUCUCUCAAGAAAACCAAAUGCAGAGAGUUUGUGCCUUCCCGAGAUGAAAUAGAAGCUCUGAUCCAUAGGCAGGAAAUGACGUCCACAGUGUAUUGCCACGGGGGAGGCUCCUGCAAGAUUACCAUCAACUCCCACACCACAGCCGGGGAGGUGGUGGAGAAGCUGAUCAGAGGCCUGGCCAUGGAGGACAGCAGAAACAUGUUUGCCUUGUUUGAGUACAACGGAAGCGUCGAUAAAGCCAUUGAAAGCCGAACCAUCGUAGCGGACGUGUUAGCAAAGUUUGAAAAGCUGGCUGCCACAUCAGAGGUGGGGGACCUGCCCUGGAAAUUCUACUUCAAACUUUACUGCUUCCUGGACACAGACAACGUGCCAAAAGACAGCGUGGAAUUUGCGUUUAUGUUUGAACAGGCCCACGAAGCGGUUAUCCGCGGCCACUACCCAGCCCCCGAAGAGAACCUGCAGGUCCUUGCUGCCUUGCGGCUCCAGUACCUGCAGGGGGACUACUCGCUGCACGCCUCCGUGCCGCCCCUCGAGGACAUCUACUCCCUGCAGAGACUGAAGGCCCGCAUUAGCCAGUCCACCAAAAGCUUCACCCCAUGCGAGCGGCUGGAGAAGAGGCGGACGAGCUUCCUGGAGGGGACACUGAGGCGCAGCUUCCGGACAGGGUCUGUCGUCCGGCAGAAGGUCGAGGAGGAACAGAUGCUGGACAUGUGGAUCAAGGAGGAGGUCUCCUCGGCUCGGGCCAGUAUCAUUGACAAAUGGAAGAAGCUGCAGGGAAUGGGCCAGGAACAGGCCAUGGCCAAGUACAUGGCCUUGAUCAAGGAGUGGCCAGGCUACGGGUCGACGCUCUUCGAUGUAGAGUGCAGGGAAGGCGGCUUCCCCCAGGACCUCUGGCUGGGCGUCAGCGCGGAUGCUGUGUCUGUGUACAAGCGUGGGGAGGGAAGACCGUUGGAAGUCUUCCAAUACGAGCACAUCCUCUCUUUCGGGGCGCCGCUGGCAAACACGUACAAAAUCGUGGUCGACGAGAGGGAGCUGCUCUUUGAAACCAGUGAGGUGGUGGACGUGGCCAAGCUCAUGAAAGCCUACAUCAGCAUGAUCGUGAAGAAACGCUACAGCACGUCGCGCUCCGUGAGCAGCCAGGGCAGCUCCAGGUGAAGGCGGGACGGAAUCCCCGCGUCUCCAGCUUCGCGAGCGGCGGCCCUCUGGCCGGGCCGGCGCCUGCGCAGAGCCGGGUGAAGCCGCCCCGCCUCCCGGAAGCCCCUCGCCGGAGGGCGGGGCCUCCGAGGUCCUUCCGCCCUCUCAACUUCCGGGAGCCUGUAUUAAGCGGUCAACCUUAACAGCCAGCCCCGUUUGGAAAGCUUUACUACUCCUAGAUGUCACAUGCCUUAAGAGAGAGAGGACAAACCCCCCUCCGCCUCCCCCCCGCCCCCGCCCCCGCCGCCAGAAGUGCCUUAACGUGUGGACCCAACACUAACUGACCUUAACUGCUACUGAAGGGAGAUGCCCCCUCCUGCCAUCUUGGGGGAGACUUAGAAAGCUUGGACGGGGAGGGGCGUUUAUCCAUCAAUUCUGCACUAACCUCCCAGCCUGAUGUCCCUACUUUGAGGGAAGGUGAGGGAGCGGGGAGGGGGGACAGAGGGAGCACAAGGGGACAGGAUAUUUUAGUCGGAGCGCUGCUGGCAGCCUUCCCUGUGGACGUAGAUUAACUUCUUUUCUCUUUCACGUCUCUGUGCUUGCCUGUGCAUGCAUGUGUUCAUAAACUCAUCACUUUAAUCAUUGUCUCAUGAGCAUUAAAAGCAAAGGGAAAAGAGGAUGUGCAAUGGUGUAAACAGUCUGUCUGUAUAUUUUAAUAGUUCAGAGUUCUAGUCUUCAAUCGUUACUUUAUAAGGUGGUUUUAUUAACAGACCAGAAUCUUGGAUUUUCCUGUCUUUGCUGUAUUUCGAAAACCACGUUUUGACUCCGUUUUGUUUUACGUGUAGCAAAGUCUGCACUCUGUCUGCUGUAUUAUAAACAGAUAUGCAGCCCAUACAGAUAAUGGUAUUUAUAAACCACUCUGACUCCAAUGCUGUUUUUAGAACUAUAUGAAGUCAUUUUGGAGUCUUUAGUUUCUAAAAGAUUUAAGUUAAAAAAUUUCUUUGAAGGUGAGUUUGUAUCGCUCCAGGUAGAUGACCACAUGACCACACUGGGUAUGGUGGAAAGAAGCUUCAUUCCCCAGGGGUAUAAUGUGCGAGCGAAUCUUGAAAGGACCCUGACCAUAUAAAUGCCGAGGCUUUAAGAAAAUACAUUUUAUCCCAAGUUUAUAAUGAUAGUCCAAUAAGGUGCCUGUAAAUAAAUCAGCAUUUGUGACCAGAAGAAAAAUAAUCUGGUCCUGGACUUUUAUUUUUAUAUGGAAAAAAGUUGUAAAGACUUAGGCCAACUGAGUCUGCCCACAAAGAAAAAAAAAAAUUGCCUUAUCUUUCCUGGACAGCCCUGCGAAAUCCUUGUUUGUUGGCUCAAAGAAAGUCUGACAAUAAAAGAUGUUAGCUAUC